AUGAGUUGGCACUUUGGAAGACCUAAUCCUGUAUUGGAGCAGUUCAAAAACAUCAAAAAACGCCAAUGCACAGAUAAGUAUUUUGCAGCUUUAAAUGAAAUUGAGCAACAAAUUGAUAAAGCUGUUAAAAUACCACCUAAUAAAUUAUACAAUUCAUGGAAUAACAUAAGUAAUCUUAUAAAUAACAAAAAUGGUGAAUUAAAGGAAUGUUAUGAAAAACAAUAUAUACCACGUCAUUUAAAUAAGGAGGACAAAAUAAUUAAUUUUAGUAAAAGAUGUACAAAAGGUGGUAAAUGUAAUAAUGGAAAUAUUCAAGUUAAAAAACCUCCUGUGCCAAAAACAGGUAAAAAAGAAACUUGUGAAAGAGGAACGAAUUGUGAAAAUCAAAUACCAUCAGCAGGAACAGAACAAAUCACGUCAAAAACAAGAACUGCAGAAAGAAACUCUAUAACAGUAAGUUCGCCCGGACCGGAUCCCAAAAGUCAAGUUCAAAAAGGUACUGCUGGACAAGAAUCAAAAAACGCCGAUGUAAGUACACAGCCACAACAAAGCAUUUCUAAUACUGCUCCAACUAUAGUAUCUGAAGUUGAAGUACCUGCACAAAGUGUUAAUCUAGAUUCUAGCACCUCUGAAGAAAAUCAGGCUAAGACACAACCUCUGAGUGUCUCAAAACCUGAAGAAAACGUACUAGUAACUGCUGCAAGGGAUAAUCCCGUAGAAUCAAUCACUAACGGGGAAUUAGAUAGGGGUAAUUCUUCUGAAGUAAGUGAUUCAGAUAAAAAUAUUGUACCAAGUAAAUUACUUGGCAAUCAAACACCAAGUGAUAAUCCACAUGAUCAGACAAAUACUGAUGGUAAGCUCAAUCUAGGCAUAAAUUUUGCUAGUCAAACCAAUGCUCAUCAUAAUGUUGAUACUGCAAUUGUUGCUGAAGAUGUUCCUCCUCAUGGAAAUACUGGUGAAAGAGGUCCUAUGGAUGCGUCAGCUAAAGGUAUGGUUCUAGAUGAUGUAAGCAACAUAAUACAACAUAGAGGUGAAACUACCACUAGCAUUAAACAUCUUUCUGGAGGAUGUGAUAAUACCAGUAUGGCAUAUGCUGAUAAUGAAAAUUCCCCAGUUAGAACUCUUUGUAAUGAAGGAACUAGAGAAGAUGUUGAAUCAUUUAAUGAUGAUAAUAAUAUACUAGACACACUUAAAGAAUUUUUCGUUGCAAUACCAAAUAAAGAUCAUAUCAUACAGGCUUCAGCACCUAUGGGAAUUGUUAUGUUAUUGGGCCUUCUUUUUAAAUUCACUCCUUUGUGGAGGGUUCUUACUAAAAAGAAUAGGAAAAAAGGAGCAGGUAUCAUUGAAGAAUUGAAUAGUGUAGUACAAGAACCUUCAAUUAUGGAUGAAGAAAGGAGUAUCCCAUUUUCAUAUGGUUCUUUCGAAUAUUCAUCAUAG